UGUCCCCCCGUUUUUUAACCGCGGCUGCAGGGGAAGCACCAAACCCUUCAGCCGGCCAUCUUUGAGCCCUCGCCAUAAAGCUUCCAGAACAUGAUGUAUGCCUCCGAGUCCAAACCCCGCAUUUGACCCUCCCCUCCCCUCCACCCAAGCCAAGCCAAGCCGAGCCAAGCAGCGCACCGCCCGGCCCCCUCCCCCUCUCCCCACUAGGCCCGGAGGAUGAGCCGAGAAACCCCCCGGCCCCCGAAGACGCCCGCCCUGGCGCUCCUCAUCCUCUGCCUCGCGCUGGUGCCAAGCAGCCUGGGCAUGGAGGUCAUGGCGCCUUUGACCCUCAGUGCCCUGAAUGGCUCCUCCAUCCGCCUCACCUGCACCUUCAACUCCUGCUACCGGGUGGAGAAGAAGCAGUUCUCCCUCAACUGGACCUACCAGGAAUGCGACAAUUGCACCGAAGAGAUGUUUCUACAGUUUAGGUUGAAGAUUGUUCCUAUGGAGCAGACCCGCUUUGGGGAUCGCGUGGAGUUCACCGGGAACCCCAUCAAGAAUGAUGUCUCCUUCACCCUCCACAACGUGCAGCUGGAUGACAAAGGGACCUACCACUGCUAUGUCAUGAACCCCCCUGACCGGCAGAAGGGACACGGCAAGAUCAGCCUGAUAGUGAUCACCGAAGAACCUCCCGAGCGGGACUCGACGGUGGCCGUGAUCGUGGGAGCCACGGUGGGAGGGUUCCUGGCCGUGGUCAUCCUGGUGCUGGUGGCUGUCAAGUGCGUGCGGCGCAAGAAGCAGCAGAGGUUGAACACGGAUGACCAGAAGACGGAGGAGGAGGGCAAGACGGAUGGCGAGGGCAACCCCGACGAAGGCACCAAGUAGACCGGCACCCGGCGGCCCGGGAUGGUCCCCUGCUGCACUCUGCCCCUCCGCCCUCCCGCAUCCAUGAGCUUCCUCUAAAGACUCUCCACUGGUGUCAGAAGUGUCCCCACUUAAGCCUCUCCAUUGAGACCUUGCACGCAUAGCUGGGCAGGGUGCUGCAGAGCAGAUCUUCCUCAUGCCCUUCCGGGGCUAAAAAGUUGGGGGUUGCAAAGGGGCGAGUGCGAUUUGGGGGAUUUGGGGGUGAGCGUGAGGACUUGCCUCCCAACUUGCCACAGGGAAGGUCUUGACCCAUUCCUCCUGCCCCUGCUGUUGGUCUUCUCUGCUCAGCGCCUCCAAGGAUGGUGGAAAGGCUUCUUCCUGGCCCGCCCCCACCCACCAGGUCACCAGGGGUGCCCCCGCAGGAAACUCCGCCUGUUGGAGGGGAUCUUUUCCCUUCCUGAGGGGGUGUGUGUUUGUGUGUGUUGCUGCUGAAGGGGAGCAUUGGCCUCAGGAAGAGAAGGGGGGUGGGGGAAGAGAGGUUCCCCCUUCCGAUGCAGAAACUGCCACUUAUCGUCUUCCUUCUACAGAAGCCACAAGCACAACCCACUACUGCCAAACGCAACUCACUGCCAGUGGGGCGGGAGGGGGAGGUCGAAAGGACGGCACACUCUGCAUUCCCUCCCAGUAUCAGCAUUUCCAAGCUCAUGAGCCAGCUAUUCCCUGAUCCCCAUCCAAACUCACACAACCCCCAGCAUAAUUGGGGGGAGGGUCUUUCUGGAAAUAGGUUUUUUUGGGGUGGUGGUGGCGGGAGACUCCUUGUUUAUUUCCUGAGAGCAUGCUGCCUGUGCCCCACGCCCCGUGCCAUGCUUUUUCUUCUUGGGUGGGCGGCUAUGCUUUCCGCUGGGAGGAGCGUUCCUGAAGGGCCCUGGCAGAGGAGAGGUGUAGAUCCUAAUGGAGGGGCAAGAUCCUGGGCUUGUCUGCCUUGUUUUCCCCACUCCAUGCUCUGGCUUUCCUUUCGGUAGAGUGCACUUACCUGGCCGUGCCCGUCAGCCUCUUACUGUAAACUUCGCCAGGGCUCUAGGGGAGGCAGAGCUGGAUCAGGUCCUUCGGUGCUUGCUGCGUCCUUGGGUCAGAAGCAGGCAAUUCCUGGGCGUCUCUUCCUCUGUCACAGCUGGGCCCCGUGCAUGACCCUGCCGUCCUUCAAGGGGUUCUUGCUUUUCUUUCGCUGUCGCACCUGGGGACAAAAAGGCAGGGCAGUGAAUGCGGGGAGGAGGCGCCCCCUAAGUCCUCUUGCUUCUCCCAUCCUUCUCGCAUCUGGUCGGGCCAAGAAGGCUCUGCUCCAUUCCUUGCUGCCUUGCUGCGAUUGGCUCGUUCUCUGCUAAGCAGGCCACAAGGUGGUGCUCUCACCUCCCCUGACAAUGGAGUCAGUUUUUUGAUUGAUUUUUUUUUGGGGGGGUCACCACUUGUGGGAAUGUUUAGAAAGGUAGGAGAGGAUAUAUUGUUUUGAUAUUAUUUCUCCUGGCUCACGCUAUUGAGCAAACAGCAGAGCGCAUUCCCUUGCAGCUUAUAGUGAAGCAGUUGAUCUCGCUGGAGUUUUUAAAUUAAGCUAUCCAGUCUGGCUUGUCCCUGGUAAAUUUCCCCUUUAUUUCCCCUCUUAAAAUAAGAAUAACGCAACAUAGUCUUCUUGAAAAAUAACAGGUUUUUCUCAUGUUCAGUUCACAGCAGUAAUCUGAAGGCAGGCUUUAUCUUGUGGCCACAGUUACUGUACAUUUGUGGAGAAAAUAAGUCUGAGUUGGGUGGUCUCAGACUUUCUACUUGUGGCCUCCAUCCUCUGUAAGGAUGGGCCAUGUGCUGCUGGCUAAGAGCCAGGAGCAGUAGGAAUACAGAAGUGAAGAUCCAAAAAAAGGGAAAAGGGAAGAUGGUUGCAUGGCUAGCCCUUUUACAUGGUCAGCUAGGGUCACACCCAUGUACCUGGUCACCCACAGGGGGAGGAGGCUCCAAAGCAGGUAUGACAGGAAGCCCUCCCUGUCUGGAGCCACUUCCCCCCGUGUGUCCCUUCUAGGCAACAGGAAAAUGUUGUACUUGCUGCUCUAUCAAUACAUCCCACACUACUAACAUCUCCUCUGGAGAAGGGAGUCGUUUUUUCCCGUAACAGGGUGAUGGUUAUUCUCCCCGGAGUCCCACGACUGAAACGCGGGUGGAGGAGAGUGCAGGGCAAGCCGGCCAAGGGCACCUCGUCGGCUGGUUCCAGGGUCUGGAGCUGCCUUUGGUUCUUGCUUGACUUUCCCCGGACCCGUCGCUCGAUAUUUGCCCCCCCCCCCAGGGGAGACGCAGAUGUCUCUUGUUCUCGCCACCCGGCAGCUCGACGGCGCCCCCUGCCGCCACUUUCCUGUUCUUUAGUGUUUUGCCAAAUGUUGCCGUUUAGUUCUCAACCAAAGCCACAGUAUGGAAUGUUUUAUUGCUCUUUUCGUGCGUAUGCAGGAAAACAAAUAUACAGAUAUGCAUACCUAUACACAUGUACAUAUUCAGGAAACGAUUUCGUUGACCAUACUUUGCACAUUGGCUGUUUGUAUUUUCGCUGUGCUGCUGCUGCUAUGUUUGGGAGUAAGCAUUUUUUUUCUGCCUGGGUCUGUCUCGGGGAAUCAAAGUCCAGGGAAAUAAAACAGGGAGCGCCGCUCAGAACAGGCGUAGCUCCGCCUCUUUCCCGGGACAGCGGGGCAGCGGGGAGACCUCAGCUUCACGAGCAUAGACCGGGCAACUCUGCGGGGUCCUGUUGUAGGAUCCGAGGAUCCUGAAGCCCGCCUAGUCCGCCUCACCCCAACACAAAGCCUAGUGCAGGGCUUACAUCCAGAGCAUAUUAAAUAAUAAAGAUUACCGUGCCUCUAGACAUGUGCAGAGUACCUUUCCUUUGCAACUGAAUAAUCAUCGGCUGCCCUAAAUGGUUUUCUUACUGUGGUGCCUGAAGGUUCAUUCCGCAGCCCAUCCUUGUCGGGACUAGCCGGACUGCCUUUCUAUUGUCCGUCUCCUCCUCUUGAGCCAAAGCGGAGGAUGGUCUGCGUCUUGGCGUCGGAUCAAGCGGAACACCUGGCGAAGAGCAAGCUUCUUCUCUGUGGACUCAGGGAAGUGGGCGAAAAGAGAGCGCGCUGGGGGCGUGGCAAGCACCGGGUGGCAGACAUCUGCUCUCAGCCGGGGAAGCGGUUUUGCGUCUUGAGCGGCCGCUUGCAAAGUUCUUAAGGACAGGCAGUGGCUACCUGGGAUGGGGAUGGGGCAUAGCUGCCAAGUUAUCCCUUUUUUUAAGGGAUUUCCCCUUAUGCUGAAUAGGCUUCCUCGCGA